AACAGCUCGGAUCGAGAUUCCUUCAGCAUGCUGCGUCAGGAAAACCACAUCAUUAUCUUAGCUAUCGACUCCAGGCCCUAGGAGCCCGAAAUCUACCUUUUUCAACGCAUCGCCAUGACCUCGAGAUGCCAUCCCAGAGCCAGAGUUCUCAUUCCUGCGUAGCCUGUGCCAGGCGCAAGAUCAAAUGCGACAGACUAAAACCAUGUUCAAGCUGUUCCAGAUCAAAGGCUGCAUGCGUCUAUCGAGCCCCUGUGCCGUCGCAGAGACACCGGAAGCGCCUCAGUCAGCGCGAUCUGUUGUCCAAAAUCCAGGAGCUCGAAUCUAUCCUUGACAGCCAUGGAAUACCAUUCAACGGGCUGGGCAAUUCAUGGAUCCCGUCUCACUGGGAAGAGAAGCUCGUCAGGAGUCGGACACAGGCAAGCCCUGAUUCCAUGUCCUCCGUCGAGACAGCUGCUGCAGCUGAGACGCAAGCUUUGCCAUCAGUUGGAGAAAAUUCAGCUCGAGAAAUGCUGGUUGAGCUUGGGGAACAGGAUGGGGCAGCAUGGCUUUGGUCCGAGCUGCCUGAAAUCUUGAAAACACCACCAAUUUCGCAUCUCAGACAGCCUGAUGAGGAUGUAGAAGAAAAGCGGUCUACAUCUACUAACACGGUUCCCGCUACUCCCUCCAUAUUUACUCUUGAUCAUGUAUCUGCACCUCCGGGGCAGCUGGAGCUGCAUCCUGAUCCUAAGCAUGUUUUCAGACUCUGGCAGGCUUUUGCGGAUAAUGUCAAUCCGUUGACCAAAAUUAUUCACGCACCUACCCUUCAGGAGAAGAUCCUUGGGGCAGCUUGGACGGCAGAAUCGACUGCAAAGCCUCUAGAGGCCACCAUGUUUGCGGUUACCAAUAUAUUCUCAACGCGAGAUCUAGAGGUCCUGCAGGCUUUGACUCUCGUCAUAAUGAUUGAUCCACAGUCCGAAUUCUCAACUACAGCAGUAGCAAUGGCCAUGCGCACCGCCCAUAAAAUGGGUCUGCACCGGGCUGCUGAAGACACUCAUAUGCCCUUCUUCAAACAAGAGAUGCAAGUCCGCUUGUGGUGGUAUAUCCGCGGCCUAAAUUCACGCGUCCGUCGUAGCAUGGGUUUGUUAUCGACAAUUGAUGAUUUGGGCGACGCUCGCCUCCCGAUGAAUGUCAACGAUGCAGAUCUGCAUCCGUGUAUGGAGAAGCCGCCCGCUGUCCAGCACACGGCAGCCACAGAAAUGGUCUACUGUUUGAUGAAAUAUGACCUCUGGAGCUUCGUGCGCAGGUCUUCCAACUUUUCCGGCAGCCUGAACCCGAGAGAAAGGGUAGCCCGGCUCACCACAUCAACCAGUGUUGAGAGUAUGAUGAAGAAGAAAAAAGUUCUAGCCGAGGUAGGCCGUUUGCUCCAAGAGAAAUAUCUUGCCCAUCUCGAUCCAAGCAUACCAUUGCACCAACUAUCUGCUGCUCUAGCGGGCCUUACAAUUCACAACCAGCAAUUUUCGAUGUUACACCCGCGGAAUCAACCCCAAAGAGGUAAAUACAUGUCCCAGGCUGAUCAAGACCUCGUCUUCGAAAGCAGCGUCAGAUUGCUGGAAUUGAACCACGAAGUGCGCAAUACAAGCUUCUCAACUAAUCUGGUGGAUCAUAUGGUAUGUCGGACACAAAUUGAUGCUUUGGUGUACAUGAUUAGCGAGCUGCGAUGGAGAGCGAGUGGCCAUCUGGUUGAGACCGCAUGGACUCUGCUCGAGGACGUGUAUAACCACCAGUCAAUGGCACUCCCCUUGGAUCGAAAGUUCCAUGCGGCCCUGACAGAUUUGACUCUACAAGCAUGGGAAACUCGCAGAAAGGGACUGGGACCCGGAACAGAGGCACCCAAAUUUAUUCAAACUCUACAAGCAGGAAGGGAGCAGCUAGAAAAUUUGGCCGAGCAAGUGGCGGGCGUGGAGGUCCUCAACACUGGACUCAUGGGCGACUGGACGCAAGAUGAACCCCUCGAUUGGUCCUACUGGAAUGACUUGCUUCAACUAUAAGAUCUUAAGCAGUCAAUUGACAGUAAGGUGUCUUUUGGUCCCAGAACUUACUCGUCGCUAUCACUUGGAUGCUAUAACGGCGUUAUACGAGGCCAUCACGGGCUUACGGGUCAACUCGUCCCAAUUAGGAAGUACGGGCCCGAGCCCCCGAGCUUCACCAAAUUAUAUCAGCCCAAGGAACACAAAACAUGCAGCCAACUGCCUGCAAUAUUACGCAAUGCAGAUCGGAUAAACGCAAUAACUCACGAUUGAGAAUCAAAAACUACACU